AUGCCACCACAAAUGCUAAGCGCUUGGAUUCUUGUGGCAGUUGUCCCAUUUGCUCUAGCUGACUUUACGCCACAUUUCCGCAAAUUUCUACAUGAUAGCUAUGGAGUGAAUAUGGCCGGAAUGUUGGAACGAACAGAUCUUGGCCUAGAUGCAUCACUGGGUGGAAUGCAAGGCCCCAACGACCAACCCACAAAGCAAGCCAUCAUUCUUGUACAUGGAAUCACCAACAAAAUCACGCGAUUCAUGCCUAUGGUGCAUUUCCUCUACUCGAAAGGUUACAAAAGUUCUGAAGUAUACGGAACCACAUGGGGUGAUGCUGGUACAACACCCAUAGGAUUGGUAGAUAUGAAGUGUUCCUAUGUGAAGCAAAUCAGGUCACUGAUCAUAGCUGUGAGGCAAUAUACCGGCACACAGGUGGACGUAAUUGCGUACUCCAUGGGAUCCCCAAUAGCAAGAAAAGCUAUAUUGGGAGGACAAUGUGUCGAUACAAGGGAGAUUCUGGGUCCCCCUCUAACCGAGCUCAUCGACACUUUUCUUUCCGUUGCUGGUGCUAAUUAUGGUAGCGCACUUUGUGUAGUUCCGAUACCAGUGGGGACUUGUAACAGACGAACCGGCCUUCAUUGUGAGUCUGCAUUUUUGCAAGAUAUCAAUAAUCAAGCUAAAUAUGAAGGAUCUUUCGUGUACAGUAUCUUCUCGACAGCUGACGAAAAGGUUGGAUUCCGAACCUGUGGAAAGCCAGUGGCACCAAUUCGCGGUGGGACCGGAUAUGUAAAGAAAGACGGGCUUAGCCAUGACCAAUUGAUGGACAGCACACAUUUUCUACAGAUGAAUUUCGUAUCUAAACAUGCUCCCAAGUAA